UGGGUCACAAACCUUUGGGCUGGACUCGGUUUCAUAUUCAGACUUAGCUUAAAUCACACAAACCCGUUUCUGUUGCUGAAUCCAGCUGUCUGGUUCCUGGUACCGCUCCCUGAACCGUCCGUCGUUGCUGUUUCAUAAACAACACUUCCCACUAUUUAUAUACGUUCUAGUCAUUCUAUUUAUAAGAACCUCGUCGGGUUCAGUAAAUCUCAUGCCGACCUGCAGUUACUUGCCUGUAUUUUCCACCUGUCUGGGUCCAUGUAGCGUCGAAGAUGCGUCAUAAACACGUGACCACGUCACAGCGCAGCUCUAGGGUUGUUAUGAAACAUAACAAUGAGCAUAAACCAGAACGGAGCUGAGUGAACCGGAUCAGUUCGUUCUUCGAGCUGGGCCCAGCCUCAGUUGUUUCACUUUGGAGAAUCUUGGGUCCAGUUCUGGUUACUGGUUGCCUCACCACCCCGCGUCUGCGUAGUAGCCACGCCCCCCGCAGGUGACACGUGGUGGCCACGCCCCCUCGUAUUCAAACAUGGAUGUUUAGAAGGAAUCUAGAAGCAGUAAACAGAAUCCAAACGUCACAGAGCAGCGGUAAACACAGACAGCUCUAUUCCUGAGAACAAACAGCUGGUUGUGUCGUUGUACAUGAAAUCUAUGAUCAACUCUAAUUCUAGUUUAACAGGUACAGCCAGACACAGGUAAAACCAUAAGACCUCUACCGGUGCUGGUGCUGGACGACACUGAGCUGGAGUUGAAACCUGCUCCUCUAAAGGAAUCGAAUUCUUCGUCACGGUUCCAUGUCUCCCUUCCCCCGUUGGCUGAUGGGACAGGUGAGUCGUCCUGUGUGCUGAUUGGCUCAGAGGUCUGUGGUCAGUGAACACACUGGACCCAGAGCUGCUCACACGCCUUCUGCGGGAUGACCGGUGAGGACCAGCAGAGAGGAUCCCAGCCAGCAGCCUGGGAACACGUCGGGGGCAUCCGUUUUUCAGCAGCUCAUUAUAAAACCAGCUCUUCGGACGGUUACCAGAACAUGGACUCAGCACCAAACGGAUGCAGCAAGGAGCAGCUUCCUGUGGUCUGUGACAGAACAACAGCUUUACGUCAUCAAGCUGCUUUAUUCCUCAAACUCUAUGACAAAAAGGAGGCCAGGCUGAGGGACCUUCACGCUGAGAUCCAGGAGAUAGGGAUCCAGGUCCAGAAGUGGGACACCAAGUCAAAGUGGAGCUUUUACACCGGACUCAUUAGUGCAGCUGUUGCGGUUGCAGCUGGACUCACUGUGUCAUUCACCGGAGCCGUCGGCUUUGCAAUAACAGCAGCGUUGACUUCUGUGGCAGCGGGAGGAGCCGUGUUUGGGUUCAAAAUCAAACAGUUCAGGACAGAAGAAGAAAGUCUGAGGAGAAUCAAACAGUUCCUGAAGAUUGUAAAUCGCCUGGAGAACGAUCUGGACGAACUCCUGAAACUGUAUGAGAAGGCCGAGCUGCCCCAUGACCUCCUGAAGCUGUUCCAGUCCAUGGACGCGUUCAGAGCCGCCGACGGGGUCAGCGAGUUGACGGCCCAGUGCCACGUCGUGUUCCAGGAGCUGGUCGGCGUCAGGGAACGGCUGCGGGAGGCGGAAGAAGGCUCAGAGGAGCCGCUCAACUCCACCCAAACAUCCACUCCGGUGUCAGCAGACGGAAAAGAAGGCAGAGAGAAGGAAGUGGACAACAGCAGCGAGGCCUCAUCGUUACUGGGCAGAACCAGUACCAGUUCCAGACUGGACUCAGAGACAGAGGCAGGAAACAGGGCAUCUGACAAAUGAGCUGUAGAGUCUGUGUAAUGUGAUUCAUAUGUAUAUAUUUAACAAAGUUCUUCAGGCCUGGAACAGUAGCUCGCAACGAACACGACAGAAAUAAUGGAUUAAUAAUGAUAAUUAAUAAAGUAAAAUGUAGGAA